AUGAACACCCUCUGUACCACAAUCGCCGAAAACAUGGGCGGGCCAGCACACAUACUCGCACCCGCAGACUCCCAAUUCACGCUCUCCUCGGUACCCGAUCUAACGGGCAAAGUGGCCGUCGUGACAGGCGGCAGCGAAGGCAUCGGUUACGGGUGCACGCACACGCUCCUCUCGCACAACAUCAGCAAACUAUUCAUAAUAUCACAAUCGGCCGACAUCGUAGCACACGCGCUAGCGGCGAUACGGGACGAGCUGGGGCAGGAAGCGGCGGACCGCGUCGAGUGGAUCCCCUGCGACCUGUCCGACUGGGACGCAGCAGCCGACACGGCUACACAAAUCGCAGCGCGGACGGACCGGCUGGACAUCCUCAUCUGCAAUGCAGCGCGCGGCAUCAUGACGGUACAGCGGGCGCCGCACAACGGCGUCGACCUGCACAUGGCCGUCAACCACAUGGGCCACAGCGUCAUCACGUCGCACCUGCUGCCGCUGCUCAAGCGCACCGCCGCCGAGGGCCGCUUCGUGCGCGUCGUGCACCUGGCCAGCAACGCGCACGAGAUGGCGCCGAAAGAAACGUCGUUCUCCUCUCCGGACGAGCUGAAUACGGAUUACGGCCCCAGCGCGCAGUACGGCCGCUCCAAGCUGGCCGCCAUCCUGUACGCGCGCUACCUGGCCCAGCACCUGCGCCGCGAGCACCCCAACGUCCUCGUCAACGCCGCCCACCCGGGCGUCGUCGACACGCGCCAGACGACCGAGCACAUCCACGAGGCUUACCCGCUCGGCGGCUAUGGUGUUAGUGUCGCGGUCCACCCCUUCAAGAAGAGCGCCAUGCAGGGCGCCGUGUCGACCAUGUACGCCGCCACCGCUACGGAGAAGAGCGGCGAGUACGUGUGCCCGCCUGCCAUUGUGGAGCCCGGCAGCGAGAUGAGCAGGGAUAAGGAGCUCGGCGAGCGGCUGAUGCGCUUGACCCGCGAGCUGGUGGCUGAGAGGACGAGGAAGGCGAGUGUGGAGCAGGGGUGUCCGUUUAGGGAUUAUUAG